AUGGCAGGAACCAGUCCAGAGCCCGACAAAUCCUGCAGGAGACAUGCUGAGGGCGUGAGGUGUGGGCGGCGCCUACCACCUCUGGCCGAAGCGAAAAACACCUCGGAAAUCGACGGAUCUCGCCUGAAUAUUGUUCCUCGAAACUCGCCCAUCAUUCUCACACAAAAAUCGGUGGUGUCCCCAGGGACCCUGCCAGAGGCGGUGGUGCCCUCAGGGGUCCUUCCAGGGACAGCAGCGCCCCCAGGGGCACUCCCAGGGUCCCUGCCAGGGGCGGUGGUACCCCCAGGGUCCCUGCCAGGGGUAAUGGUGCCCACAGGGGCCCUGCCAAGGACUCUCCCGGGGGCAGCGGCGCUAACAAGGAACCACGGCGCCCCCAGGGCCCCUCUAAUGAGCGGUGGCACAACUAGUGGCCCUCCCAUGGACAGUGGCACCCCCAGGGACCCUCUCAGGGGCGGUGGCACCACCAGUGGCCCUCCCAUGGACAAAGGCGCCCCCAGGGGUCCUCCCAGGGACCACGGCGCCUCCAGGGGCCUUCUCAUGGGCGGUGGCGCCCCCAGGGGCUCUCCCAGGGGCAGCGGCGCCAACAGGGGACUUCCCAAGGACAGUGGUAACCCCAGGAGCCCUUCCAUGGACAGCGGCGCCCCCGGGGGCCCUUUCAGGGGCGGUGGAGCCCACAGGGGCCCUGCCAGGGGCUAUGUAUUCUGUAAUUAA